UGAGAAUCUCUUCCUCAUUACUUUAACCUUAGGACAUACGAAGAGGUGGUAAACAUGGAAACUGUAAAGUACAACGAAACCUUCUUCCUCAUUACUUUAAUUCUUUUGCCUCUAUCAUCAAUGGAAGCUUCUUCUUGCGAUGAUUAUGGCAACUUCCAACCUUACCGAACUUCCUUCCAUUUUCAAGCUCACAAAAAUUGGCUCAACGAUCCCAACGGACCAUUGUAUUACAAAGGAUUCUACCAUCUGUUCUACCAACACAACCCUUUGGCUCCAUAUUUUGGGGACAUUAUGGUAUGGGGACACUCUGUUUCACAAGAUUUGGUCAACUGGAUCCAACUUGAACCAGCCAUUUAUCCCUCAGAUCCCUCUGACAUCAACAGUUGCUGGUCAGGAUCCGCCACGAUCCUCCCUGAUGGCAAACCUGUAAUGUUGUACACAGGAAGCGACACCAAUAAACACCAGGUGACAGUUCUUGCGGAACCUAAGGAUGCUUCUGACCCUUUGCUUCGUGAGUGGGUAAAAGCUAAAGGCAACCCUGUGAUGGUUCCACCUAGUAACGUCCCCGUUGAUGGUUUCCGUGACCCAACUACGGCGUGGCAAGGUCAAGAUGGGAGAUGGAGAGUUAUUGUGGGAGCUGAGGAGAAAGAUAGUGAGAAAGGGAUGGCGAUUUUGUACCACAGUGAUGAUUUUUACCAAUGGAUAAAGUAUCCGGUUCCUUUACUUGAAUCACAAAUCACCGGAAUGUGGGAAUGUCCGGACUUUUUCCCCGUGUCAGUCACGGGUAGAGAGGGUGUAGAUACUUCGGUGAACAAUUCUAGUGUGAGGCAUGUGUUAAAGGCGAGUUAUGGAGGCAGUGAUUGCUAUGUCAUUGGUUCAUAUUCUUCCGAGACAGAAAUAUUUUCAGCAGAUUCCGAGUUCACUAACACAGCUGAUGAUUUGAAAUAUGAUUAUGGAACUCUAUACGCGUCGAAGGCCUUCUUCGAUAGCGCUAAGAAUAGGAGGAUCUCAUGGGGAUGGAUUAUGGAGAAAGAUAGCAGUGAAGAUGAUAUUGUGAAAGGAUGGGCUGGAAUUAUGGGUCUCCCAAGGGAGAUUUGGCUUGGAAGAAGUGGGAAGAAGUUGAUGCAAUGGCCAGUCGAGGAAAUUAAUAAUCUCCGAGCCAGAAAUGUUAGCUUGUAUAACAAGAAACUUGAAAGCGGCUCUGUUCUUGAAAUCUCUGGCAUCACUGCAUCACAAGCCGACAUAGAAGUAGCUUUUGAUUUACGUGGUCUAGAAAACGAUCCCGAGAUUUCGGAUUUAGAGGAAGUUGAUCAAGCGGCUUUACUAGCUGGUUACAGCGCAUCGGUUAGAGGCAUUUACGGGCCUUUUGGAUUGUUAGCAUUGGCUAGCAAUGAUUUAGCAGAGCACACUGCAAUCUUCUUUAGAGUUAUUCGUCGUGGGAACGGAUAUUCGGUUGUGAUGUCCAGCGAUGAGAGCAAGUCUUCAUUGAGAGACAACAUUGAGAAAGCUACGUAUGGAACAGUCCUGGAUAUCGACCCAAGACAUGAAAAGAUCUCGUUAAGAUGUUUGAUUGAUCACUCGGUUAUAGAGAGCUUUGGGGGAGAAGGAAGAAGUGUGAUAACGUCUAGGGUUUAUCCGAAAAUAGCAAUAGGUGAAGAAUCUAGGCUUUACGUGUUCAAUCAUGGAACAAAAGGUGUGACCAUAUCCUCUUUGGAAGCUUGGAGCAUGAGAAAAGCACAAAUCAAUUCAAACGCAACUUAAGUAGUCAUGUUGGUAAAUGAAAUGUGGUGGUGGUCCGAAAACGUGCAAGUCGAUCCGGGAUCAGUCCGUCACAGAUCAGGUUGGGGCGAUUGGUGUGGUUGUGUUAUAAUUUCUUUGAGAUAAAAAAAGAAAAAUGCUAUGAUAAGCCUUUGGUACUUUUAAAUGAUAUUCUAGUUUAGUUUGUUGAAUUUGACUUCAUAUGCACAUAUAUAGUUCAUCAUCAUAUUUGUUGUAAUUUAAUAUUUUUUUUACUGUCAUUUUUGAACUUUCACUGUAAUUAUACAUCAAAAGGAUACCAUUAUACAUACAUUAGAGGGAGUUGUUUGCUACUUGU